GGUGUAGGCCUAUUGUUUAGCGGAAAAUCAGGCUUUUGCUGGCUGGCUGGUUCCUGCCUGGGAAAACCUGGGUGGGAGACUGGGCGUCCUGCUGGGACGGGGAGACAAAGCCAACUGGGUCGGUGGAUGGUCCAAUUGGUAGACACUCCAGGCUGGUCAAGGUUCAGCUCCCUCAAGGAUACUCCAGAGAAGGUGAAGCAGGAGAUAACAAAAGGAGUUUCACUCUGCACUCCAGGGCCCCAUGCCAUCAUCCUGGUGGUCUCCACCGCUGUUGCUUUCACCAAGGCCCACUUGAGGUCCAUCAGAGAGCACAUGAGCCUUCUGGAUGUUUGGAGACACACUCUUGUACUCUUCAGCUGGUGUGACAGCAUUGGAGAAACCACUGUGGAGCAGUCCAUAGAAAGUGGAGGCAGAACUCUCCAGUUGCUGGUGAGGAAAUGCAACAACAGGUACCACAGCUUCAACAUAAAGGCAGAUGAUCCGGCUCAGGUCACAAGACUUCUGGAAAAGAUUAAGUGGAAGGUGGCGGAGAACAGCGUCCUCUGUCUUAAUGCAAGUGAGACAGACAACUGGGAGGAAGAGGAAACUGCGGCAGAGACAAUGUCACCACCUGGGGAGAUGUUUGAGGAUUUUUGCUAAAGGAGAUGAAGAACUUGAGAUGAGCAUUGGGAGGAUUCUAGUCAGGAAAGAGAAGGCAAGCAGCAUGUCUGAACCCCCAUAUAUGUCGGAUGAAGAGCACAGGUCCAAUGAGAAGAAAGUCUCUACAUGACUGAGAGAGCAGCAGUGUGGGAGAGACGAUAUGUUUGAGUAUGACUGUGAUCUUCAGUCAUCAUGGAGCUACCUGUAGUGUCAGCAGCUGAAGUUAAAUUAAUA